AUGGGAGACGUAGCCGUGGAGAGCCCGGCUAUCAACCUCACGCCACUUAGCAAGCCCGCUCCAUUGGAUACUAUCCCGAAUAUAGACUCUAUCGAGGGUACUGCGACUGAUGGGGGCGAUGAAUAUGCUACUCUGAAAAAGCUCCAGAGGCAUCUAGAGUACAUUCAACUACAGGAAGAGUACAUCAAAGAUGAGCAACGGAGUUUGAAAAGAGAGCUCGUCCGCGCACAGGAGGAAAUCAAAAGGAUACAGAGCGUUCCUUUGGUUAUUGGCCAGUUUAUGGAAGCUAUUGACCAAAAUACUGGGAUUGUUCAGUCGUCAACUGGCUCAAAUUAUGUCGUUCGCGUCCUCUCCACCCUCGAUCGUGAAAAGCUCAAGCCGUCGUCUUCGGUCGCCCUCCACCGUCACUCAAAUGCCCUCGUCGAUAUUUUGCCUCCAGAGGCCGACUCAUCCAUUGCUAUGCUGGGUGAAAGUGAGAGGCCAGAUGUGUCGUAUGCGGAUGUUGGCGGCCUUGAUAUGCAGAAGCAGGAGAUCCGGGAAGCAGUGGAACUGCCCUUGACGCACUUUGACCUCUACAAACAGAUCGGUAUCGACCCCCCUCGCGGCGUUUUGCUGUACGGCCCUCCGGGAACCGGUAAGACUAUGUUGGUCAAGGCAGUGGCAAACAGCACGACGGCCAGCUUCAUCCGUGUGAAUGGUUCAGAAUUCGUCCAGAAGUACUUGGGUGAAGGCCCUCGUAUGGUUCGGGAUGUAUUCAGAAUGGCUCGAGAGAACUCUCCUGCCAUCAUUUUCAUUGACGAGAUUGAUGCCAUCGCCACGAAGCGAUUUGACGCCCAGACCGGCGCGGAUCGUGAAGUUCAGCGAAUUCUGCUAGAGCUACUCAACCAGAUGGAUGGAUUCGAACAGACCAGCAAUGUCAAAGUUAUUAUGGCUACCAACAGGGCGGAUACUCUGGAUCCUGCCCUGCUCCGCCCAGGUCGUCUGGACCGUAAAAUCGAGUUCCCGUCACUGCGCGACAGGCGCGAGCGUCGGUUGAUCUUUACAACCAUUGCGUCUAAGAUGUCGCUGUCCCCUGAAGUUGACCUUGACUCGCUCAUUGUACGUAAUGAGCCUUUGUCAGGUGCCGUCAUUGCCGCCAUUAUGCAGGAGGCUGGUCUACGAGCUGUUCGAAAGAACAGGUAUAAUAUUAUUCAGACCGACCUUGAGGAUGCUUAUGCCUCUCAAGUCAAGACCGGACAAGAAGCGGACAGGCUCGAAUUCUACCGUUAA